CACUACACCUAGAUUUCAAUCCAAAGUUCAAACCCUUCCUCUCUCUUUCUCCCCGACAAUUUUGUUCUUUUGAAAAGAGCUAGUUCUCUUAGCUUGAUCUUCUUCUUUCUUCUUCAUUGCUAGCUUGAUCAUACAGACACCCAAAAGAAAAAAUGAAGCUAUUGUCUAGAAAGGCCAUGUGCAACACUCAUGGACAAGAUUCAUCGUACUUCCUAGGGUGGCAAGAAUACGAGAACAACCCCUUUGAUGAGGUUCAGAAUCGAAAUGGGAUAAUUCAGAUGGGUCUCGCAGAGAAUCAGCUGUCCUUUGAUCUUCUUGAAUCGUGGCUUGCUAACAACCCAGACGUCGCUGGAUUCAAGAGAGAUGGAAACUCCAUAUUCAGAGAGCUUGCUCUCUUCCAAGAUUAUCAUGGCCUCCCCUCUUUUAAGAAGGCAUUGGUAGAAUUCAUGGCAGAAAUCAGAGGGAACAGAGUGACCUUUGACCCCAGCCGCAUAGUUCUCACCGCCGGCGCAACUUCAGCUAACGAGACACUCAUGUUUUGCUUGGCUGAAGCCGGCGAAGCCUUUCUCCUUCCAACUCCUUAUUAUCCUGGAUUUGAUAGAGACCUCAAGUGGCGAACUGGAGCUGAGAUUGUACCGAUACACUGCACUAGCUCCAAUGGCUUCCAGAUUACUGCAUCAGCUCUCGAAGAAGCCUACCAAGAAGCAGAAAAACGUAAUCUAAGAGUCAAAGGUGUUUUGGUCACGAAUCCAUCAAAUCCAUUGGGAACAACCAUGACUCGAAAUGAACUGAAUCUCCUCAUCAAAUUCAUUACCGCCAAAAACAUCCAUCUUAUUAGCGACGAAAUUUAUUCCGGGACUGUUUUUAAGCACUCGCCACGCUUUGUGAGCGUCAUGGAAGUUCUAAAGGACAGAGACUAUGACAAAACCGAAGUCUGGAAUCGAGUUCACAUUGUUUACAGUCUUUCGAAGGACCUGGGCCUGCCUGGUUUUCGCGUUGGAGCAAUCUACUCCAACGACGACAUGGUCGUUGCCGCGGCAACCAAAAUGUCCAGCUUUGGCCUGGUUUCUUCCCAAACACAAUACCUUCUUUCCGCAUUGCUUUCGGACAAGAAAUUCACGAAAAACUACAUCUCCGAGAACCAAAAAAGGCUUGGAAAACGACAGAGAAUGCUCGUCAUGGGUCUUCAAAAAGCCGGUAUUAGCUGGCUUGAGAGCAAUAAUGCAGGUCUAUUUUGCUGGGUAGACAUGAGGCAUCUGUUGCACUCCAACACAUUCGAAGAAGAAAUGGAGCUUUGGAAGAAAAUUGUUUACGAUGUCGGGUUAAACAUCUCUCCGGGAUCGUCCUGCCACUGCUCCGAACCUGGUUGGUUCCGUGUCUGCUUCGCCAACAUGUCUGAAGCAACUUUGAACCUCGCCAUGCAACGAUUGACUGACUUUGUAGCAGAAUACUCCACCGCCAACGGCCACAAAAGAUUGCACCAUUCUUCCAAGAACUCUAAAAAAACGUCACUGACGUUACCAGAUAAAUGGCUUAUACGACGUUUAAAUUGGAUACGAAAAAUACAAAAAUGGCUUUCGCGUCAUUUAAAUUGGAUAGAAAAAAUACAAAAUGGUUGUUAAAGUUGUUUUUACAACUAUUUUGUGUUUUUCACAUCUAAUUUAUGUAAAGUAGAAAGUCAUUUUUUUUUUGUAGUAGAUCAUCUACUGAGUUUUCCGGCUAUCGUCUGGUGACCGUGACAGCGAGUCCGGUCGAUGAAGGUGUGAAGAUCAAGAUUAACUUACUGUCGAUUGGAAAAGAUUAAUUUCCAGGUGACUCCCCCUUUUUUUUUUUCGAGUUCCAUUAUUAUUUUCCCUUUUUCUUUUUUUCUUGUAAAGAUUGUAGAAGGUGCACCCUGUCCUUGUGCAGUAGUAGUGUCUCUAUAGUUUCGACGUUUUAUUGUACAAGUGAUGAUCUCUGUACGUGUCAUUAAUUAAUUAAUUAUCUUCAUGAAAUCUUCUUCAAAACA